AUGCCAAGAUACAGCGAUAUCGUCCAGGAGCUCCGCGACGAGAUGCUCUGGGAGGUAAAUGAUCUCGAACAAGCCGUCAAGAACGCCCGCAAGUGGGAUAUUCCCGAGCUAGACAAGUAUGGCAUUAUCUCAGCCAAAGGUUUUCUUGAUUUUGCCGACUGGCUGGUUCGGGGCUGGAUUCCCACAGAGUCGACACAAGGCCGCGAUAUAUACUAUAUCCUUUGUAUCUUCUACUUUGUCCUUUCCCAGGAACCACUGGGUGGCCGCCAGACCAAGAUUCAUCCUUUAAGCAUCAACGAGCCUCUCAAGCCUCUUUCAGACUGGGUAGUUCGAUUUGCCCAAGAGGUUGGAUCCAGCAUGGAUAAGUCUUCUUCAAUUAACGAGGCUGCGAUAACCUCUUUCCGAAAUUCACCUCUAUUCCGCGUCUUCGAAUCUGCCGGGGAUGCCAAGAACUGGACGUCUUUCAACAAGUUCUUCUAUCGAAAGCUCGACAAGCCGCGUGAAAUCGACAGUCCAGACGAUGAUCAUAUUGUGACCUUCCCUGCUGACUCCACUUUCGCUGGAGCGUACGCGAUUAGCAGUGACUCGGAAGUCGUCCUUAAGAAAGAGGAGUACAGGAUCGUCAAGGAUGAGGUAGUCUUGAAAAAUGUCCCCUGGAGGGUAAGAGACCUUCUUGGCAAGUACGGCGACGAAAAAGUUCCAGGGGAUGACUCUAAGACCUACGGAGAACUUUUCAAAAACGGUCUCUGGACACAUGUAUUCUUGAAUUCGUUCGACUACCAUCGCCAACAUGCUCCUGUUUCGGGCACCGUGGAAGUCAUCGACGUCAUUCAAGGAGCGGCGUACCUUGAGGUCCUGGUAAAAACCGACGAGCAGGUCGGUCACAACUAUCUGGAGCUCUCGCGCCAGAUUGGGAACAGACCACCGAACCCAUCUGGUAUCAAGACCCUUGAAGCCCCAGAUACCCCCGGUUACCAAUUUCUCCAAACUCGAGGUGUGGUCAUCAUUAAUACCGAGAACUUGGGUCGAGUGGUCGUCCUGCCUAUUGGCAUGGCAAUGGUCUCCUCCGUUAGUGUUAACUCAGAGCUAAAGGGACAAAAGAUCAAAAAAGGGGAUGAAAUCUCUCACUUCGCGUUCGGCGGCUCGGACUGCAUUAUCAUGUUCGAGCACAAGGCAAGAGUUUCAGGCUUUCCGGACUCUGACCCAGCUUCUCGCGAGCAUUUCUUUUAUGGGGAAAAGUUAUGCAGAGCUUAUUACAAGCAACACAAAGAACAUAGAGGCAUCGGUUCCCGCCUUGGACUUGUUUCUAGAUAA